AAUUAAAGCGUUGAUUGCAUUGUGCAAUACAAUAUUAAUAUUCUUCAUGGAAUGUUAAUUAUUCGAUUUAAUAAGAACCAAUACGUGAUUGUUAAUGUUAUUUCAUUGUUUGAUAUAUUUCAAUUAUAACUGCAAGAUGAGGUAAACUAUGGCAGCAAAAUACACCAGACUUUCUACGGAGGACCCAGACAGAGGCCAGAGGGUAACGUUUGACUUCUCCUCUUAUAACGCAUUUGGAACAGGGGAAAUCGCAGAUAAAAACUACAAGUCCAUCUUCUCAUAUGGACUAGAUGACAAGCGCAUGGCUCAAAAUGGCCUCUCUGUAUCAGUUGUUUCAGUGAAGGAGCCUCUGUUGUCAAGGGUAUGCAGGUACCUGAUCACUGUGCUGUGUGUGCUGUUCUGCAUCGCCACAUUCCCCAUCUCAGCCAUAUUUGUCAUAAAGACAGUGUCGGAAUGUGAGAGACUGGUUGUGUUCAGACUGGGACGGCUACAGAAGGUCAAGGGCCCUGGUGUUAACUUUGUGCUGCCAUGUAUUGACAGGGUGAAGAAAGUUGAUAUGAGAAUAAAGGCAUUUAAUGUCCCUCCUAUACAGCUGAUAACAACAGAUGCGGGCAUCAUAGAGCUGGGUGCCGAUGUGUAUUUCAGGAUCACUGAUGCGAUCAAGUCUGUGACAAAUGUACAGGACAUGAACACGUCUCUGCGUGGGCUUGUUAGAAACUCUGUGAUGAACUCGCUCACAAAACAUGACCUGCAGGAUAUAGAGAAUAAACAGAUAGUUCUCAUGGAGCAAGUCAAGGAGAGCUGUAACAACACUGCUGUUCCCUGGGGCGUAGUGCUAGAGAGAAUACAACUGUCUCCCAUCAAGGUGUUACAGGCUGCAAAGGACCCUGGCAUACUUCCAGGGCUUGGGGGCCAGGGAGGGAUCUCACAGGUGUUCCAGCAAUUAACUCAGUCCCUGUUUCCAGAUAUGGCCCCGUCCAUGACUACCAAGAAACAAGAGGUCAACAUGGAAACUGUUGCCAUGGGUGAUGCAGACGGGGCGGUUGGGUGUGAGGAUGUUGCCGUGGAGGUAAAGGUUACGCCCGGUAGUCUUGUGGAUCUUGUCCGUGGGGUACUCGGGGAGAGUUUGGUGAGGGCUGUUGGAGCCACAUACCAGUUUAAGCUGUCCGGACCCAGCGGCGGCACAUUCUACCUGGAUCUCAGUCAUGGUACAGGGUCGGUAGGGCAGGGCCCAGACCCGAGAGGAAACCCAGAUGUUACCUUGGAGCUCACCACGCAGGAUAUGCAGAGAAUGUUCUCCGGGAACCUGAAGCCCCUCUCCGCAUACAUGAGCGGGCGGCUACGUGUGACAGGUGACCUCUCAGCGGCUACAAGGCUAGAGGAAGUUAUGGAGAGAAUUAUAAAUAAGUUAUGGAGAGAAUUAUAAAUAAAUCCAACAGUAGCACUGUAGCUGGCCAUACUGUUGUCAAUAUUUAGUGACUUCAAAUUAGUCUCCAUUUAACAUGAGCCAGAGGGUUCCAAUGUUAGGUGUUUUCAGAAGAUACUAGGCUUGGGAUAAGUGAACGAUAAAUCCAAACAGUUGCAUAGUUGCUGGAGAUAAAUUAUUACUGUGGUAAAAGUUUUGCAAGUUCUCAUGCUUCAUAUUCAAUUACGAACCAUGUGUCAUCAUCUGUAUUGGAUUAUGUCCGCAAGUAGAAAACGAGAACCAACAAAUAGAAUCAUCUUACAGUAACAGUGCAUAUCAAUAAUCCAGUAACCAAUGUAAACAUAGAAUUAAAGAUGGCAAUGUUCAGUUACUUGCUAUCUUGGGUACUUUUCUGUGUGUUAUUAUAGUGAUUACUGAUGGUAAAAUACAUCACCCUAUUGCAAGAAGUCAAUAAACUGCUAUUGAUACAUACCGUUAUUGAGUUUCACAUUAAAGUGAUGAUGUGAACUGUUAUUCAAAUGUUUUGUGUUUGUAUUUACAUCAGUGGAUGUUAAACUUACUAUAUUAUUGUUGUCUGUGAUAUUCAUUGUGCAUUAUACAUUGUAUGGAUCAUUUCAUGUUUACCGUUGAUGUACAUUGUGCAUGCAUAGAUGAUUUCAUGGUUACCAAUGGUUACGGUUGAUGUACAUUGUGCAUGCAUAGAUAAUUUCAUUGUUACCAAUGGUUACUGUUGAUACAUUGUGCAUGCAUAGAUAAUUUCAUGGUUACCAAUGGUUACUGCUGAUAUACAUUGUGCAUGCAUAGAUAAUUUCAUGAACACCAAUGGUUACUGUUGAUACAUUGUGCAUGCAUAGAUAAUUUCAUGGUAACCAAUGCUUACUGUUGAUACAUUGUGCAUGCAUAGAUAAUUUCAUGGUUACCAAUGGUUACUGUUGAUACAUUGUGCAUGCAUAGAUAAUUUCAUGGUAACCAAUGCUUACUGUUGAUACAUUGUGCAUGCAUAGAUAAUUUCAUGGUUACCAAUGGUUACUGUUGAUACAUUGUGCAUGCAUAGAUAAUUUCAUGGUAACCAAUGCUUACUGUUGAUACAUUGUGCAUGCAUAGAUAAUUUCAUGGUUACCAAUGGUUACUGUUGAUACAUUGUGCAUGUAUAAAUCAUUCACGGUACCUGUGUGUUUUAUAAUGCAUUAUUGACUUAACUAAGCAUUCUGUACCCUCCCUUGUAAAAACAGUGUAAUCUAUCACUUCUUUAGGUUUCUGCCUUGCUCUCUCUAAUCGUCAUGUCUUUUAUUUUAUAAUAGUUUUUCUAAGACUUUAAACCAAACAAUGACUGCAGGAGUUGGAAACAAAACAACCAUUUUCAGUUUUCUAUUCUUUCCAACUGUUACCAUUGUGUUAUUUGUUUUGUCAAAUAAAUGUCAAGGUCCAUAAGUGUUUAUUAAAAAUAAAACCAAGAUGUAAAACUGUUCAGCCGAUAUGGAUUCUCAGAUGCCAGUUAUUGUUUUCAGAUUGAUAUGUAACAAUUUCGAGAAUAUAGGGAUAACUACUUUUUAAAGUGGUGUUAAAUUUAGUAUUCAAAAUGGUCAAUGCAAGGUCUUACUUGUAAACUUAUAGAGAUCUCAUCAUGAUAUUUUCAGUAUUGCUUCCUAAAAUGUUAUUUAAGUGAAUUAAGCAAUCAAACAAUAUUGUACCAAAAUUAGGCUCAUAUUACCUUUUUUCAGAAGUUUUGUAUAAGUUUGUCUGUUUUUCGAAGAAGCAGGGAAAAUAUCUUAUCAGUUUUGAUGUAAUUGUCAGUGGGUUGGCCAUAACGUUGAAAAACACUUUUGAUGUAGACAUGUGAUUUAGUACACAUUUAAUAUUUGUCCAGUAAUUAUAUCGUUUGUGUAGUGAUUCCAGUAAUUCUAAAAUAUUUGAUAAAUUAUGCCCCUUGAUUGACUGGUAAAAAAGGACAUGUUGUUUGUGUGUGAAGAAUACAGCAGCUACCUUUAUUUCCAUAGGUGUUCUUGUCUUUGUUUUCUGCAAGUAAAGUACUGUAACAAUACUAAAGGGUGUAAAUGAAUGUUUCAAAUUUUGUAAGUUUUCACCGGUAAUUGUUAAGCUAGUGUGCACAUUUAAUGAUCACAUUUAAUGGGUAAAUAGUAAUUGUCGGAAAGAUAUUGACCUUCCAAUAAAUGUUUUGGCUAUCAUUGACCAAGACUUAACCAGAUUUGUACAAUCGGAUGGUGAUAGUCAUAUUGAAAUGUUUUUGUACUUACAAUAAGUGAUCCAUAUUACGAGUAGUUUGCGAUGCUAGCAGAUCUUCACAAAGUGUUGAGUAUAAACAAUAUUUUAUUUAUGUGUUUUUAUUAUUUAUUUAUUUUUAAUUUAUAUCUGAUAGACAUAAUAAACUUUAUAAAGUGA